UUUCCCUGACCAUUUUGAGUUUUUUGUGCAAUUGCAAGGGUUUAAAAAGGAAGUUUUGUCCGCUUUGUAAGCAAAUUUGUCAGCUAAAUUUUAUCCGAAUUCUUAUUGUUAGUUUCCGUAUCUUUUGUCCGCAAUUUUUUCUCGGCAAAUUUCGUCCGCAAUUUUUCUCCAUAAAAUUUGUCCACAUUUUCGUUGGCAAAUUUUUGUCCGCAAUUUUUUUGUCCGCAUCUUUUUGUCAUUUAUUUUGGAAAAAUUAUCAUUUUUAUUAUUUACACAUUCCCAUCUUUUGUCCGCAAUUUUUCUUCGCAUCUUCCGACCGCAUUUUUUGUUCACAAUUUUUUUCGCAUCUUUUGUCCGCAUUUUUUCUCCGCAAAUUUUUGCACGGAAUUUUUUUGUCCGCAUCUUUUUGUCAUUUAUUUUGGAAAAAUUAUCAUUUUUAUUAUUUACACAUUAAUCAUAAAAAUGUCUUGAUUUCUUAAAAUUCAUUUCCUAAAUUUUCUUUUAUUUUUUUAUCCACGAUGAAAUUUCAUAUGAAGCCUUAAAUUUAUUUAAAUUUUUUGUCUAAAUAAUUUAUUACAAUUUUAAUCGAAAUAUUUUUGUUUAUUUUUUUGUUAAAUCAAUCACUAACUAAAAAUUGAAUUUUUACACAGUCCUUCCUAUACUAAUCUUUCUAACACAUAUGACAACAAAAAUGAUUAAUUUUAUUUAAAUGACAUGUAGUAAAUUAGUAAUUUUAAUAAGUCUCUAUUUAAUUUUUGUACUACUCUAGAUCAGAGCUGCACGCAACUGAAAAAUGUUUUCCGCAGCCGCAGUACGGAAUUUUAAUUUUAAAAUCCGCAACUCGCAUUCCACAAUUGCGUGUAUGUAUCAAGGGUCUGGCCGACCUGAUUCAAGAGAAAAGAGAAUUUUUAACGUUUUCGGGGUUCGGAUUUCAAAUUCCCGUAAAAGAGAAUCUAUUUUCAGGUCCGUUAGACCCUUGAUAAGCAUCAGGGAUAGAGGUAGGUAAACCCAGAUAUUUUCCUUUUUCCUUUUUUUUUAAUAUGUACUUAUAUAUUCUCAACAUUGUGUUCGAAUUUUUAAUCGACCCGGAACUCACCCAGACUUUUUUCUCAUUCCGACCCAUCCCUGAAACAUAUCCCUAAACAUAUUCCUAUUCUAAUUAUCAAAUAUUUUUAAUUCAGAUUACAUUUAUUUUUAUUUUUCUAUUUGUUCCAAUUUUUAAGUAUUUAUUUAUAAAAAUAAGGUUUUCUCUCCAUUUUUAAAUUAAAAUUCUCAUUUUGCAUUAAAAAAAUUUUUUUUUUCAUUUCGUCUGCUAUUUUUCUAUUCCAUUUUUAUAUAUUUUGUAAUUGAUCCUACACUUUUCUAUUUAAGUGACCCCAAAAAAGGAAUAUCGCUUCUCUCAACUACUA